CUUCACAGCGGUGGUUCCCCCUUUUCCAUCCACGUUUUCGGUAUCUUACCCACCCCGCCCAUCAGAAGGGAAUGGAUAGCUUUGGAAAGUAACCUACAGUGAAACCCCUCACACCCCUAUCUGUAAACAUAUUGAGGUCAGUAAUAUGAACACGCGGGGUGAUAACUGAACCGCACAGGCCCGCUCAUCCCCGGAUUUUCACAAUGUGCGAGGCCGGGAAGAGCGACCACCACUCGGCAGAACGCUGCGUGGACUUCCCUGUAUCGGUGGUUCUUCCUGCCGGAGGCACCGGAGAAAGAACGGGACUACAGACACCAAAACAGUUCUGCACGUUUCUUGGCAGACCGCUCAUAAGCUACACUAUUCAGGCUUUCGAGAGUAUGCCAUGGAUCCAAAGCAUUGUGGUCGCUGUUGCCAAAGAAAACAUGGACCUGAUGACGGACAUCAUCCAGCGGUUUAAGCACAGAAAGGUUCGUGCGGUGCCAGGAGGCUCGACGCGUCACAGGUCGAUAUGUAAUGGAGUCCUGGCUCUGGGUGAGGAGGAGAGGCCAGCAGUGGGCAGACCGAAGGUUGUCAUCAUACAUGAUGCUGUUCGGCCUUUUGUGGAGGAGGAUUUUCUGUGCAAGAUAGCAAUGGCUGCCAAGGAACAAGGGGCAGCGGGAGCUAUCCGACCUCUUGUUUCCACAGUAAUCGCCACCACAUCCGAGGGCUACCUAGACCACUCUUUGGAGAGAGCCAAGUACAGAGCCAGCGAGAUGCCUCAAGGAUUUACAUAUGAUGUCAUCUCUCAGGCCUAUCAGAGGUGCAGUGAGUCAGACUUCGAGUUUGGCACAGAGUGUCUCCAUCUGGCUCUGCAGUACUGUGGCACCAAUGCCAAGCUCAUUGAGGGUCCGCCAACACUGUGGAAGGUGACCUACAAACGGGAUUUGGCUGCCGCAGAGUCCAUUAUCAAAGAGACUUUAUCACGAUCAGCAUGCGUUAUCACAGGUGGAUUGGCAGAAGCUGUGAACCUGGCAGAUGCUCUUCGGAAGGCUGUUGGAGCUCUGGAUAUGGAGUUGGACAUCGUCCCAGAUCUAAUGGGAGACAACGCCAGGUGUCUGUUAAAGGAGUGGAACUUCAUCCAAGUUUCUGUCAGUCACUCAUGCUUGUCUGAAGUGGAGGCAAUACUUGUGGCUUUAGAGGCAGAAAAUCGAGCUCUUCUCCACCCGGUGGUUGUUAUUUGGGUGCACUUCAGCAGGACUGAUGAGCUCCCUGUCAGCGAGAGAGCACCCACGGCAAUCACGGAGUUGGCCUCAACAGCCAAGCACAGAAAUAUUCUCAUCUAUGGCAUCCAGCUUAAACAGUCAAAGGUAAUGUUGCUGUCUUAUAUCAGCCAUCUGUACAUUUUAGGAUGCACACACAUCCUCAUUUGCAUUGGAAUAAAUGUGCCCAGUAGUGCGACUAAGAGGAUGGAUAGAAACUUUAAAUCCUCUGUUAUAUGAGUUGUUUUUUGAACUGAAUGACAGGGAUGAAAAAUAUGCAGAGGUGCUUUAGGUCCAAAGCACUGUGCAGUUCGAAUGAAGUACAUGUAGGCCAAGUCACAACAGUUAACCUGAUGUGGGGAUCCUAUGUAAGGCCCUCCAAAUGUGUACUGGAGUCAUUAGGAUGGAUGUGACUGUCAGACUUGAUCUGAAAUCCAUAUCUGACUUCUUACUUAUUGCAGGAUUAUAUAAGGAGAAAUUAUUCUUCCCCCACAGUGAGAAAUAUCAAGAUUCAUGCUACUAAAGCCAUCAAAUCAAAUCACUGUUUUUGGGCCAGAUGUGUAAAGCAAACCUAAGACAAUAUAAAUGAAUAUUCAUGGCGUUAUUGGCCUUAAAUAUGACAUUCGUUGUGAUUCAUGUUCCUGACAAAUUGGCAGCUGCAUCACUUCACAAAUAAAUGGUAAAAACCUCUUUGCCUCAGGCAAGAGGAUGUUUGAGCAUGUCGGGUUUGUUCACAUUGGUGAGAGGAAAAAGAAGAAGAAGAAAAAUGUGAUGGGUGAGCUGGUUUUGUUCGUGGUCAGUGAGAUGGUAUGUCGCAUCAGGUCUUGACACCGCACUGUUGUUUAAUUAAAAAGAGAUGUUUUGUUUUCUCGGUAGUGAGGCAUGCAAAAUGUCGCUGCCCCACAUGUGAGAUUGAUUCUACUAUCGGAUGUUGGAUAUCAUGGUUUUCCUGAGAAUUGCGAAGAGUAAAGUUGUUAAUUAGUCAUCCUGUUUAACUCCUUAGAGAGAAAAGAGGAAAGGGAAAGGGAGUGACAGAGAUAAUGCGCAUUUCGCCAUGAUAAAGUUCUUAUCGUUAUGAGAUAGUGGAACAACAGAAUACAACCUCCUAUAAAUCACUGAUAGCUUUUUGUUAUAAUGAGGAUAAUUCUUCCCAGAUGUCCUUAUUCAUACUUGCGGCGAUGCCUGCCAACACACGCUCCAUCAGCCGUACACCUUAUAUGAAUAUUGCUUUUAUACCUAAGUUUGCUGCAUGUCUUUGACUGAAAGCAGACACCACUAUUAACAUUGCUGUUAAUUUGAUUUUAAUAUUAGUGAAAGAUUCAUUAGCUCCACGUGGAUUAUUAGUCUUUAAAUAAACAGAGCCAUUAAAAAAGAAGCUGGGGUGGCAUGAAUUCACAUGAGUGAACAUGUAACUAUUGU